AUCACCCAUAAUGCUUUGCUAUCCUAAAUGACUGACGAAUUCCCAGGAGUGAGGGGGCGGCGAGACUGCUGUGUUUCUAUUUUUCUGUGAUGCGCUAGCUGGUGACAAGAAGACAAGGUUUAAUUAUUAUUGUGAUGGAUAAUGCAACUAACCUUAAUCAAGCAGUGAAGCAUGAGAAUUUAGCAACUAGAAUGAGUUGGGUGGUUUUUUAAAGCCACAUGAGAGAGAAGAUUGCGUGUUUGUUUACUGCGUCUUAAGGGUCUGAUGAUAUUUUUCUUAUUUCACCUUCUGACUUAAAUAUACAAAAAGCUGUAGCCUUUGGCUUUACAGCGAAAGGGGAUAUGAAAAAGGUGCAAACGUACUCUUUUGGGAGCAAUUAUGGGACCAGGCAUGAAAGACAGUUCCUUAUUAUUGCCUAGAGGGGCACAGAAAAAGGAAAGCCAGACUUAUGAAACACGCCAGAGAAUGGUAACUGGGACGUCCCUUCCAAAUAUAAAAGGAAUAAAGAAACCAUUUCCUCAGCUGACACCAUCUUCGAGCAGAUUGAGUAAGAAUAUCUCCAGCGCUACCGAAAAGACAUCUCAUAGCAACCUAGAUGAUGUUCAGUCACGGAGUUUUUACAAGAAAGGGAAUAGGAUGAAUGAGUCUUCUCAGAAAAACAGCAGUAUGAAUGUUGGCCCACCUCCGAAUAGAGCAAAAGGUUCAAAGAAGAAGGAUCCCUUAGAAAAAAAGCCGAGUAAAUCUCAAUUACCUCUCAUUCCUUCCCAGUUGAAAAGCAGUAUUAUAGAUAUCUCCCAAAGGACUGAGGAUGAACUUAAAGGAGGUAGUCAUAUGGAAGGAGACCCUAAAAGGAAUAUUUCAGCAUCUGUUGCUGAAGCUACUUCAUUUGGUUCCAGAUUUCCAGAGCCUUCAAUGGGCAAAUUACUUCUUGACUUUCAGUCAUUGAGUAUUACUGAAGAAGAUACUGAUGAGGACAGUGCAAGUGAUCUUUCUGAUUCUGAAAGAAUUCCUUUUCCACCUUCUCCUUUUACACCACCAGAACUUAACCUUAGAGCUGAAGAAAUUGAUCCAGUUUGUUUUGAUCCUCAUGUUGAUCAAGGCUCUGAGCAGGCUGAGUAUUACUAUCCUGACUUCCUUCCACCCCCUUUUAACUCCUGGGAUUUAAAUAAUAUGGCUUCAUCAACAAGUACAGAGUACAAAAGUGAGCUCCUCCCACAGACAAUAGAGUCUCUUGGGAAGUAUAUUGAUAGACUUGUUCAACUGGAGUGGCUACAAAUGCAAACCGUGCAAAAUGAAAAAAUAAAGCUAGUCAAAGCAAGGCCUCAGACUGCUCCUGGUACCUUGUGGUCUGCAAAAAGCCCUGUGAAAAGCAGGCUGUUUCCAAAUACUUUAUCUAGCAGGAUAUUAACCCAUCCUGAAGGGUUUACAAAGUUUUCCCCAGGCCAAGCAGUUCAUCUUCGAAAGAGAGAAGUUCAUUGUGAAGAAGCCCACCCAUCAUAUUAUGUAUUCCAGAGUUCUCCCAAAACUAUCGAUGCAAUUAGUAGCAGGUCAUGUCCCCAGAAGCAAAACUAUGAAAUGAGAAUGAAGGAAAAGAAAAAGAAACCAAAUGAAGGUGCAAAGCAACAACUUCUGGAAUUGCCAUGCAAUGACAGCAGUUCUAAGAUUCAGGCUAGUGGUAACAUUAGAAUUCCCAAACAGCCACAGAUGGUUCUUUCCUCAGUUGAGCAUCUUAAGCCCCUCAAAGCACCCAUACGUCCAAAUCCUAAGAGAAAUGGAAAUGCAAAUAACUACGGACCUGCCAAUAAAGCCACAGCAGGGAGAGAACUCAAAACUAAUGGAGGGAAGCAAGCCUCCUAUGUGUUCAAGUAAUUUUAUUUUAAAUAGAUAACAACAAAAUUAAAAAGGUCACCUAGAGAGCUACAUAUUAAUAUGCCUUCUGAUGAAUAAGACUUUGACUUAAGUCUUCUUAAAUGGGAACAUCUGUAGGAAAUUUGUUUACUUGGCAUUUCAGUGACUUGUGUUUUUUUUUUUUCCUGUGCCAACAGUGUUAUCUCAGAAGUGUCUUUUAAUGCCUUUUUCUAUAUUAAUAAUCUUGGCUGAUAAUGAGAACCCUUUAGGUAAAAAUAAAUUGUCUUGCUUGAGAAGAUAUGAUAAGUGCCAUAUUGAAUGAGCAAGACUGAAUUCUUUUUUCCUGGAGAAGAGCCAACUAAAUUUCUGGAUUAGCCAGCUAGUCCAGAUUUAACUAUGCAGAAUGGAUAGAGUGUUAUUCUCUCUCCUGAUUUUCGUUGCCCAUAAAUAAUACACUAUUUAAAAUAGUGUUGGAUUAUAGAAGUUAGAUAGUAAAGAUUUUUCUUUGCAUUCCUUCUCUCUCACUUGCCUUUGCAUUAGCCAUGUAAGCAGUAGGGUCAGGUUCAUUUCAUGCUCUAAGAGAGCACUUCAGUUUGUCCUCAGGGUUAUGGAAUAUGGAGUUUCUAUUUUGAGCUAAGUCCUUUAUCACUAAAUUACUUUCUCUUAAAAGUCUAUGGAUUCUGGUGUUUUAAUACUUUUAACACUCCAACAUGGGAAAUAAGUAUCUUAAACUGAGGAUUGUUGGAAAGAUCCUUUUUUGAGAAAUUUAAAACUUGGUUUAAAAUAAAACCAGUUUCCAAAUGUACAUAUUUCACAGAACUUUUUUUUGUUCUAGCUGAAAAUUGUUUGAAUAUGAUUUUACUUUGGUAGAGGGUUGGGAUGAAACAUUUGGUAUGCAAGAAAUUUCUGGAAAGUCAGGUUGUCUUUGAAGGGAGACAUCAUGAGGAAAAUACUUUUAGGAUUUGAAUUUGCUGUGCCAGUAGUAUCAAUAUGGAACCACACUGAAUGUGACAGAUAUUGUUAUAGGUCUGAAAGCUGAAUUCUACAGAACUUCUUCAAUGUAAUUUAUUAAAGACAAGCAUAAUACUAAUCUAUCCUGUUUGGGUUGCAAGAGCACAAUUAUAUUUGGGGGAAAGGGAGGACAGCUGAAGGAGUGGGUACACUGGGGAAGAAGGCUAUGCUAAAGCCUGCCCCUGACACCUCCAGUUCUUCUCAUAGGGCACCCAGCUAGUCCUACCUCUCCUUGUGUGAAUUGUGAUUAAUAACACUUAUUUAUACUUCUAGUUGUGUUCUUCAGCUUAUUGUUAAUUUUCAUAUGCUUCAAAAUUCUUGGUUGUUUACUCCUUGAAAAGUAGUGCACUUUUAUGGCUGUUUAUUUUAGUCAUUUAAAUGGUUAAUCUAUUUGAUCAUAUGUUUUUCCUUUUUAAUCUUUAUCUGUCAAGGUUAUGAUAAAAGUUGAUUGGGAACUUGUACUGUGAAAACCAAAUAUAAAAGACUUCAUCUUUAUGCUUAUUGAACCUCUCCUGUAGGUUAAAUGUCAUUUAAAUAGUUAUAUAAGUGACAAAUGGAAAUUUCAAAGGACCACAUAUAUUUAUAACAAAAUAAUGUGCCAAUAUUAAAUUUUAAGGUUAAUUUAAGAUUAUUAUUUGACCAUCCUAAAAAUUUAUUUUGAAGAUACAUUUUUCUUUAAAUUCAAGCACCUUCUAAGGUUGCUCCUCUUAAAAUCUUUAUUCUUCUUAACAACUGGUUAGAGAAACUCUCCCCAUCUAAUAAUUCCUGUAUCUAUUUUGUCCAAAAAAGAAAAAAUAAUGUUGUAUAUAUACUACUAAGUUCUAUUUUAACACUCAUAAACCCAAACAUACUGUGGUAUUUUGUAUUAGUAUAUACAUAAUACAUCGAAAAUGUAUUGCAUGGUUUGUCUGCCUUUAUUGUUGUUCACAUUUAAGGUUCCCUAUGCAAAUAUGCAACUUUAUGCCAUGUAUCCUUCUCUUACAUUGCUGCUCAUAGAUGUGUCCCAUCUAUGUAUAAUUCAAUAGCCUAAAAACAGUUUUCUGCAUAUAAAGUUGCAACUUAUAGAACUAUAACCUGUGCUAGUUUUUUGCUCAGGUUUUAAGUGUUAUUUUAUGUUCUUUGCUAGAGGCAAGUAGUACUUUACUGUGUGAUAUCAUAACUAAAAUCUCAACAAGCAUGCUAUGAUGGUGGCUGCUUGCACUGAACUAAAUGACUAAAAUUUAGUUGCCACCCUUCCUACUAGUGAAGGACGAGGGUGGUGAUUUUGAGAGCCUGGAUUAGUUUGAAUGUAGAUUUCUUACCUUAUUUUACUCAUUUUAUACACUUGAAUUGCUAUCCAUCAAUGGCUAAAAAUUGUUUCUGCAAACACAUCUAUUUCCAGCUUACUUGAUUAAGAGCUAUUGCUUUUCAAAAAAGAAAUAUGUAA